AUGGGUGGACCAAUUAUGCACAUCACCUCCGACGAGAUAAAUCGUUUAAUUUAUUCAUAUUUUAAGGAUUCUGGGUUUGAACAUUCAGCAUACGCCCUUGCAAAGGAAUCACAUUUAGAAAACUCACCUUGCUUUGCAAAACACGUACCUCGUGGAGAACUCGUGGAACUCUUGAGCAAGUCACUACUCUAUACUGAAGUCGAGUGUCACUUUCGGGGAGGGGAGCUUGCUGCUAACUGCAAGACUGCUUUUUCAUUACUCGAGGCUCAUUUGUGUUCUACUGAGCCUGCUAUUCAACCUCCACCACCCGUUGGAACUGUAGUGGACUACUAUCCUGGUGCUCCUGUGAUCUUUUCAACCCCUACUGUGCCGCUUGAAGCAGACGAGAAGCCGAAAUCAAAACCUGUCGUGCCCGAAUCUUCAGUGAAGAGGAAGGCAAGCCUACCGCCGUCCUCGGAUAAUCCUGCCGAAAAACGCCCUCGCACGGACCCUAGUGAUGCAUCAGUCGUAACUCCGGUGGACCGUACGUACAUGGUAGUCUACACGCCGAAGGAUGUUGUAUUAAUGAAGCAUCCAGAAAGCAAAACUAACACUGCAUUGUGCGAUCCCCAACCUCAGCCCUCAUCCGCCAUAGUUUCACCUUCAGAGAGUAAAAAAUUAAUGUCAAAACCACCUCCGCGUCAACAAGGACCAGCAGAUUCCCAAACAAACCGAGAGGCAAUUCGUUUACUGGGUGGACAUUUAGCUGAAGUUUUUGUUUGCGCUUGGAAUCCAUCAAAACGAAACUUGCUUGCUUCAGGUUCCAAAGAUGCUGUGAUGAAGAUAUGGAACAUUCCUGAGCCCCCUAAUCCGUUCUCAUUCGGCCCUCCUCCUGCGGAACCGGUCACGACGCAGUUCACUACCGCUGAAGCGUCCGACAUAACAUGCUUAAGCUGGAAUCGUCAAGGAACUCUGUUGGCGAUCUCGGCUUACGAUUGUCUACUAAGAAUAUGUGACACUUCCGGCAACGUAAUCUACAAAAGUUCUGAUCACAAGGGUCCAAUAUUCACUGCACGGUUCUCUCCUACGGGUCGAUGGCUGGUUACAGCCAGUCUUGAUCACACAUCGUGCGUGUGGGACGUGCACAAUAAACGGCUCCACCGUAUAUUUAAGGCUCAUGAAGAUUGUUGUCUAGAUGUCGACUGGGUCAGUGACAACAUGUUUGCGAGCUGCAGUGCCGAUAAAGUUGUCCACUUACUGGACGUGGAUCACCCUAACCCUGUGAAAAGCUUUAGAGGUCACAAAGAUGAAAUCAACCAACUCAAGGUCAAUCCAUGGGGAACGAGAUUGGCUUCGUGUUCCGAUGACAUGACUACACGGAUAUGGGAUGUGACCAACGUUUCUGCGACCCCGGAUGAUUCUAUACCCGGACUGGGGGGAUUUGGAUCUGACUCUGAUCCUGUUGUCCUGAAUGGACACAAGCACUCUGUCAGCACUAUUGAAUGGUUCCUACCCCCACAGGGUACAAACGAAUUCAUUGCCACUGGAGCGUUCGACGCAACAGUUCGAAUAUGGGACUCUGUUACUGGGAGUUGUGAGCGUGUAUUGAGUGACCACAAACGACCGAUCUACGCGCUAUCCUUGAGUCCAAACGGUGCUUGGCUUGCCUCAGGAGGAGGUGACGGAUGGCUGCAUAUUUACACUUUGAGGGAUUUCUCCAAGAUCUGGUCUUGGUAUGCCGGCCCGGAAAAGCCUGGAGUGUUCGAGAUUGAUUGGCAAGGCAGCCAUAAUGGAGAUGAGCACGAAGUUGAUCGAAUAGCGAUGGCGUUGGAAUGCUGGAAGGUCGGGAUAAUUGAUAUUCGACGGAUACCUGCCGUCUGGGAUACUCGGUCGUGGGUUUGA